AUGGAUUUGUUAAUACAACCGAAUAGUCGAGGGAUCCGAUACGAUGGUUACGAAAAUGAUUUCAUUCAGUGUAUUUUCGAAGAUGCCGAUGUAUCCGGUCGCAAUGAACGAUACGAAUUUAGAUGUCGACCUGAUUUGGAAUGUUGUGGACGAAUAUGUUGUGUACCUCAAGAAAAUGCAACUCCUUUUUGGCUGAUGAUACUAUUUGUAAUGUUAGGAUUACUUCUUCUUUUGGCUCUUCUCUGUCCAUUGAUUUGGCUCCUUAGAAAAUAUAUAAAGCAAAACAAAUCCUCGGAUAAAGCAAAGCUAAGAGGCAUAGCCAAUCAUCAUAAUCAAUAUGGCUAUCAUUCUUACAAGCAGAAUGAAUCACAAGAAGGACUUGGUUCAGAAAAUCUGAUCCGGAAAGGAAAGGAAGAUUUGUACAGUGCACCAAAUGAAUUUGGAACCAUGAAUUCUGCACGUGGAAAUCGCGGUUAUCGCAAUCCAUUAUAUACAACUACUACUAGUACAGUAAAAAUUCGUGAAACAUUCGAUCGAACAAUCGAUGAUGGUAAUGUAUAUGACAAAGCUGGGACUGGUACAGAUACAGCUACCGGUACCGCUGGUGAAACAACCGCCCGAUCGGAAAUGACUGCAGAUAAUGAGGGACGAAAGCAACUAAAUACCGCAGGAGUACGGCGUAAUGAUGAAGUAGUAGAAUCAUUGCCAUUUCCACGUACUGCAUCUACCACAUAUAACGCACCACGAUCAUCAUCGGAACAUUACUCAACCAGAGAAACAUUCGGGGAACGAACUGAAGAAAAUUAUGUUGUAGAGAAAGAGACUGAAACAAAAGAAUUAUUAUGA